AUGUGUAGACAAGGGCUACCAAUUACUAUAAAUGGAAUACCAUACGAUGGUAUGCUAUACGAACGAAAACCAAGUGCUAAAGCACUACCAAAACCAUAUGAAAGGGGAGCAAUUGGGAUUGCCGAAGAGGCCGAAAUAGCCGAUACCAAUGUUUUUACUGAUGGUUCAAGAAUAGAAGAUCGAGUAGGAGCAUCCUACACUGUGUUUACACACGGAACAGAAAUCCAUCAAGGACAAUAUAGACUAGCAGAUCACUGCUCAGUUUUUCAAGCGGAGCUUUUUGCCAUAUUAAUGGCAGUAAAAUGGUGCAUAUCUUCCAGCCUAACUAGCAGUAUUAUAAUACACACUGACAGCAGAGCAGCCAUCCAAGCGAUGCAACAGUAUAUUGACACCAGCCAGCUGUCUAUAGAAAUAAAGACACUUAUAAGGGAAAACAAGAGUAACAUUAAAGUGAGAUCGGUUAAGGCCCAUGUAGGAAUUAUGGGCAAUGAGAGGGCGGAUGCCCUGGCGAAGGGUGCCAUUGAAUUCACAGAGAUUGCGUAUGGGAAAAUCCCAUUGUCUNUCUAG